AAAGCGGCGCGGCGGAUACAAGAUGGCGGAGCUGGAGCGGUUGCCUGACGAAAGCUCCUCAGCUAAAGCUCUUGUGAGCCUGAAAGAAGGAAGACUGGCAAAUUCACGGAAUAAAAAGUACAGUGUAGUAAGACCCCAGAUUUCCAGGGGGAGGGGUACCUGCUCCCCAAUGGAGAUGCCUAGAAGCUCAAAAAAGAGUCGUUUGGUCUGUGAGGAGGACAGCAGACAGGCGGUGAACUUCCGGUCUCCUCGAAGAAGCCAGCGGGUGACCACUGUACCUCAGAAGUUUUCAAGUCUUCCAGUACCAGACAAGAAGGCAUCACAGAAGAUCGGUCUGAGGUUGAGGAACCUCCUGAAACUUCCCAAGGCCCACAAGUGGUGUAUUUAUGAGUGGUUUUACUCAGACAUCGACAAGCCCUUGUUUGAAGGCGACAAUGACUUCUGUCUUUGUCUGAAGGAAUCUUUCCCGAACCUGAAAACGAGGAAGUUGCCCCGGGUGGAAUGGGGAACAAUAAGGAGGCUAAUGGGGAAGCCGAGAAGGUGUUCGUCGGCUUUCUUCUCAGAGGAGCGAUCGUUGCUGAAUGAGAAGAGACAGAAAAUCCGCCUGCUGCAGCAGAGGAAGCUGACUGACGUGUCGCACUGCAAAGACCUGCCGGAGAACAUCCCUCUGCCUUUGGUCAUCGGCACGAAAGUCACUGCCCGCCUAAGGGGAGUUCACGACGGCCUGUUCACUGGACAGAUCGAUGCAGUGGACACCAGUGCGGCCACUUACAGGGUGACCUUCGACAGAAAUGGCCUGGGGACGCACACAGUGCCUGACUACGAGCUCCUCAGCAGCGAGCCUCACGAAACGAUGCCCAUCUCGGCCUUCGUGCUCAAGCAGCGGCCCAAUCAUCUCCAGGGUCUUCUGACCCCGCAUCGUGUGUCGUACCCCCCGCCAGCUGAACCGGUUGUCUUGGAUGGCGACCCGCUAUUGGGCCAGUCGCCGUGGAAGAAUAAGCUGCUUGCUGCCGAAGGGGAGACUCUGGGCGGCUUCCCUGUGAAUUUCCUUGUGCAAGUGACAAGGCUGUCAAAGAUCCUGAUGGUGAAGAAGGAGCACAUUAGACAGUUAAAGGACAUGAAUGCAGAGGCUGAGAAACUGAAAUCUUGCUCCAUGUCUAUAGGGUUUGAGUUCCAAAAGAGGUAUGCCACCAUUGUCUUGGACCUGGAGCAGCUCAACAAGGACCUGAGUAAAGUCCUGCAUGAAGUGCAGCAGUAUGGUUACGAGUUGGCCCCAGAGCAGGGCCUGCAGCCGACCGACCUGCGACGACGCUGUGAGGACGAGGCUCGCGAGACGGUCCGGCAGGCUCUCCGCAGCAGCCAGCGAUGCGUCCGCAGCCAGAGUCUGACCGACCUGAUCUCUGGGCUCACUGCACUCCUCCUGCAGAUAAAGGGUUUUGCAGAGGGAAACGACUUGAAUUCUUUUGAAUUCAAAUCACUGUCUGACUCCUUGAGUGACAUCAAGAGCUCUAUAGAUGGUUCCAACCUGAGCUGUUUUCAGAAUAACGUUGAGAUUCACAUAGCUCACAUUCAGAGCGGCCUCACUCAGAUGGGAAGUCUUCACGCCUUUGCUGCCAACAACACUAACACAGUGUGAUGUUUCGCUACUAUCUCUUGCAUCAUAAGGAAAACUGCUGUCUGCAGAGAGCUGCCUGUCAGUUGAGGUGAUUUCCCAUCCAUAGGAUUUAAUGAAAUAAUAAUCUUGUGGAUACAAGACAUUGAGCCGAAUUUUUGUUCCCUUGCCGGUUGUGUAGUUUUCUCCAUUUUCCUCACUGAAUUUAACAGGUUCAUUGUGGCACUGAUGCAGGCCUGGUGGCUUUUUUUUUCUUGUAUUCAACUACAAUAUUCAACUUCUCAUUUCCUUUCUGUCAGUAAGCAUUUCUUGCUUUUUAGUAACGCAGUGCCUAAAACCGAAUGUUCCAGGGCUGAAUUUUGGUGAAAUCACAACUUUCAGGUGCGGACAAUGUAUUCACUUGUAGUACGUAUACUGGUAAGCACAUUAGUCUAACUACCUCAGUCUGCUCUGAAUAGAUGCAACCUUUUUUUCUUUCCCCUCAUCUUCUGUGGUCUUGGAAGUUGUAACCCACAAGCAUGUACCGCCCAAUAUUGUUUAAACUUUGCGCAAGAAUUCUUUCAUUACUGUGCCAAAAAUGGCCCAUGUCUGUGCGGUAUUUCUAGUGCCAUGUUACAGGAAGUGACGUCUUUUUGACGCAUUAAUUAUAGGAAGUGUAAUUGUAGGAAUUAGCAGACACACGCUCCCUUAGAAGAAUGUGUUGUCAUUUUAUGAAAUGCAAGGUUUCUAAUUCAGUUGAUUUUGCUUUGAGAUGAAGGGGUUUUUUUUGUAUAUACUGUACAGUUUUAAAAACGUUUCUGCUUUAUUGUAGUAUAUUGGGAUGCUUACUUAAAGACGUCUCGUACUUUCCUGUAAAUACUUUAACAUUUGUGUACGAGUCAAUAUUUUUCUAAAGCUGACUUGUGACUGUCUUGACGGACACGAAUGAUAUCCAACAUAACCUCCCCAUGGAUAUCCCCCUUUCCCUUCUGUAAAUGCCGUGCGUCAUUUUCCGAAGUCCGAGUCGAAUGGUUUGUUUGUAAAUAUCUGUUGCUUUGGGGGUGGGGGGAAUAAAUUAUUGAUUUUGA